AUGUCCUUUGGUGGUGGUGGAGGACGUAACAGCGGUUCCAGAGGAGGCAGGGGAAGAGGCCGUGGACGAGGCCGAGGCCGAGGACGUGGUCGGGGCGGUCGAAACAACAACAACAACAACAAUGGCAAUUUCAACAGUAACAACGACACCAGCAAGUACCCGACGUGCAUAUUAAGGCCAUGUGCGAAUUUUACUCGAACCGGUGCUUGCAACCAACAGAAUUGUAAAUUUGCUCAUGUGAUUCGAUUGCAUGGACUCAUUGAUGCGUCUAGUGAAAAGCAACAAGGCAACAACAACAACAACAACAGCAACAGCAGCAGCAACAACAAUUACAAUAACAACUACAACAAUAACUACAACAGCAACCAAAAGAGCUUUCACCCGGUGACGUCAGUGGCCAACUGGCAAACAGGUGAUCAAGUCAAAAUCUUUACGGGUUCUCAGGAUGGCUUUUGGAGACUCUGGUCGCUUGCCAACAAUUCUUUUCAAAAAGAGUUUGAACAUUUCAUGGGUGGACCGGUGGAAUCUUUGCAAGUCGCUUCCAACUUUUUGUUUUGCGGAUUUGAAGGUUAUUCCACCAAUUUGCCAGAUGUCAAUGUUGGUAUGAUUCAUGCCUGGGACCUGAACAACCCAGCAGCACCUCCAGUGGAGUUUCAAAUGUCCCCCUUGUUGCCGUACGCUCACAACACGGCUGUUACCAAAUUGCUAGUUGACGGUCAGCGCAUUGUCAGUGGAAGUAAAGAUGGUUCAAUUCGUUUGUGGAGUUACGACGGUGGAAGAUUUGCUCUAGUCCAAACGCUCCUGGGACAUGCCAGAGAAGUGACUGGACUUCAGAUUGUGGACAACAACUUUUUGUGGUCUUCAUCGACGGAUGCUUCCAUUCGCAUUUGGGACAUGUCCAAGAAUGGGGAAUGCAUGCACGCCAUCACCAUGAAGGAUGCCUCGGAAACGCCGAAUAUUGCACCGCCCAAUAACCAACCACCUCAACCCUAUCACACUGAUGCCGUAACGGAUUUGAUAAAGUUUGAAACUGCCAGUGGCAGCUUUAUUCUGAGUUCCUCGCUGGAUGGAGACAUCAAGGCGUGGAACGGCAAGACGGGCGUAAUGGUGGCGAGUGAGGGCCAUGGAGAAGGCGUCACUUGCAUGAGCACGGCGGAAGAUCCAAAUCGAGCUCCAUUCCUUCUGGUUGGAUUGCAAUCGGGAAAUAUAAUGGCGCGCAACUUUGAGCCAACACCCAAUCUGCCCAUGGCCUUUUCUCCCAUUUUAAGCUUGGUAAGCAAGUUCUCAGUGGGGCAUGAAGAGGCCGUCACCACUCUUAUUGGUGGAGUUCCUGGAACGGGAACCUUUUGUUCGGGUGGUAAGGAUGGCAAAUUGCUAGUAUUCCAAGUGACUGGAGAUUUGGGAGUUGGCAAAUAG